AUGUAUGUUAAGAUCGAGACGUCAAGAUUAGAUUAUUUCCGUAGCAAACAACAACAUAUUCGAUCUGAGUUAUAUCAAGGUAUUGUUGAUACCAUUACACUUGGGGAAACUGAUGCUUCUAAUGUUGGAAAACGGAUUAUUCUGCCUUCGCCAUUUAUUGGGGGUCCAAGAGAUAUGCAAAAAAGAUAUAUGAAAGUAAUGGCUUUAGUUCAGCGUUAUGGUAAACCAGACAUUUUUUUAACAAUGACGUGCAAUCCAAACUGGCAAAAAAUUUCAAAUGAAUUACGCUUGCAUGAGGAGAGUCAAAAUCGGCCUAAUUUGGUUGCUCGGGUCUUUCGUGCAAAAUUAGAAGAAUUAAAGGAUCGAUUAUUCAAGCAGCAGAUAUUUGGAAAAGUCUUGGCAUAUGUUUAUGUUAUUGAGCACCAAAAAAGAGGGCUUCCACAUGCGCAUUUUUUAAUUAUAUUACAGAGGAAUUGGAAACUCUAUGCGCCUGAAUCUUUUGAUGAGAUUGUAUCGGCAGAAAUACCUGAUAAAAAUACAAAUUUGCACUUGCAUAAAGCUGUUAUCAAGCAUAUGAUGCAUGGACCAUGUGGAGUGUUGAAUCCAACAAAUGUUUGCAUGAAAAAAAAUGGUUGUUGCAAAAGCCAAUAUCCAAAAAGUUAUGCAUCAGGUACGACUGUUGGAAAUGAUUGCUUCCCAAUAUAUAAGCGUUCUGACAAUGGAAUAACUGUCAAACUGAGAGGCCAUAAUUUGGAUAACCGUUGGGUCGUUCCAUAUAAUCCAUAUUUGCUUGCAACAUUUGACUGUCACAUUAAUGUGGAGAUUUGUUCUACGAUAAAAGCAGUCAAAUAUCUUUAUAAGUACGUUUACAAAGGGCAUGAUCAUGUUGCUUUCAAUUUGGUUUCCGAACAAACCAAUCAACAAAUUGACGAAAUCCAACAAUUCCAAUCGGCCCGAUGGAUUGCUCCACCUGAAGCUAUGUGGAGAAUAUAUGGCUUCAUUGUUAAUGAAAUGUACCCAUGA